UUUUCGGGUGUUUUCAAUCCAGCCCGCCAUUAUCAGUGUUUAUGUUGGCCUUUCCCUCGAAAUUCUCUGAAAUUAACUUUUUUUGUAGAAAAAAAAUGUCAAACUUCAAGCAACUCUUGUUUCAACUUCAUCUAUAAAGUACCAUUCAUCAGAACUCAAGAUGCAUGCGCGAAGUAUCGGGAAGCGCAUCCGUAUGGAUGAGCCUCCUCCACCAGAAUAUGACACAUCUAACCCCAUGACGCCCAUGACGCCCAUGGAAGCAGACAUUCAAGAACCUUACACUCCGUACAGUGCAUAUCAAAAUCCGGCCACACCAAUGACGUCUGGAAGUGUGGAUCAGCUAUAUGGUGGAGAGCAUUAUGGAGAGCCCCUGGCGAAUAGUAGUCACUUUGAUCAACCUCACCAACAAAUGUAUGAUCAACAUCAAUAUGACCAGCAGUUGCAACAAUCACAUCUUCAAAGCGGCUAUGAACCGAUGCAAGUGUCUCAGACUUACGAACAGCCACCUCCUCAGUAUGAACCUCCGCCGGUGCAGUAUGAACAGCCAGCAACUCCGGCAGCUUUGAAGGGUGGGCGAGUCACACGUGCCAGAUUGCGAAAUGCUCAAAAUCCUCAACCGUCACCUGUAGCUGCACCUGCAGCAGCUCCUCAGAAGAAAGUGGCUGUUGAAGGAAGACGAAGAGGUGCUGCUCCGCGGAAACAGCCUGUUGCACCAGUUGAAAUUGAAGAAGAAGAUGAUUUAAGCUUGUACUAUGCCAUUCGCAAUGGAAAAGCUGCAUUAGCUACAAUUGUGGACGACUGGAUCGAAGAAUACAAAGUGAACAGGGACUCAGCGCUUCUGGCACUCAUGCAAUUUUUCAUCAACGCCAGUGGUUGCAAAGGUCGUAUUACCCCUGCAAUGUCUGCUAGCAUGGAACACGCAGCCAUCAUUCGUCGCAUGACAGAAGAAUUUGACGAGGAAAGCGGGGAGUAUCCCUUGAUAAUGUCUGGUCAACACUGGAAGAAGUUCCGUGGGAACUUCUGUGAUUUUGUAGCGCAGUUAGUCAAACAGUGUCAAUACUCCAUCAUUUACGACCAGUAUCUUAUGGACAAUGUUAUCUCACUUCUUACUGGUUUGUCAGAUUCGCAGGUCCGAGCUUUCCGUCACACCGCUACUUUAGCAGCAAUGAAAUUGAUGACGGCUCUGGUUGAUGUAGCUUUGAUCGUCUCUGUAAAUCUUGACAACACUCAGCGUCAAUACGAGUCAGAGCGGCAAAAAGCUCGUGACAAAAGGGCCAGUGAUAGGUUGGAAUCCUUAAUGUCCAAACGACAAGAACUUGAAGAGAACAUGGAUGAAAUAAAGAAUAUGUUGACUUACAUGUUUAAGUCAGUUUUUGUGCACAGAUACAGAGAUACCUUACCAGAAAUCCGCGCCAUCUGUAUGGCUGAAAUUGGAAUUUGGAUGAAAAAGUUCCAUCAAAAUUUCCUUGAUGAUUCAUACCUUAAGUACAUUGGUUGGACACUCCAUGACAAAGUUGGAGAAGUUCGUCUCAAAUGCUUGCAGGCAUUGCAACCAUUGUAUGCAUCUGAGGAAUUAAAAGGCAAACUUGAGCUGUUCACUAGUAAAUUCAAAGAUCGAAUUGUCGCAAUGACACUGGACAAGGAAUAUGAUGUAGCGGUUCAAGCUGUGCGCCUCGUUAUCAGCAUUCUCAAGCACCAUCGAGACAUCUUGACUGACCAGGACUGCGAGCAUGUCUACGAGUUGGUGUACUCUUCACAUCGUGCUGUAGCGCAAGCGGCUGGCGAGUUUUUGAAUGAAAGAUUGUUUGUUCCGGAUGAAAUGAUGAGCAACAUUCGCACCAAACGUGGAAAGAAAAGGCUGCGUAACACAUCCCUCAUCAGAGAUCUUGUUCAAUUUUUCAUUGAAUCAGAGUUGCAUGAACAUGGUGCCUACUUGGUAGAUUCACUGAUCGAGUCUAAUGAAAUGAUGAAAGACUGGGAGUGUAUGACAGAUCUUUUGCUGGAAGAAGCUGGACCAGGAGAAGAGCCGCUUGAUGAUCGGCAAGAAACCAGUUUGAUUGAACUCAUGGUUUGCUGCGUUCGUCAGGCAGCCACUGGAGAUGCUCCUGUUGGUCGUGGCCCCAAUCGCAAAGUUGCAUCUGUGAAAGAAAUCAAGCAAGUUCAAGAUGACAAGCAAAAGCUCACUGAGCAUUUCAUCGGAACGCUGCCUCCGUUGUUAGACAAAUACAGAGCUGAUCCGGACAAACUCACCAACCUCCUCUCCAUCCCACAAUACUUCGAUCUGGAAAUUUACACAACUUCUCGCCAAGAAAAUAAUUUGGACCUCCUACUGAAGAAGAUGAAUGGAAUUGCCGAGAAACAUCAAGAUAAAGACGUACUUGAGACCUGUGCCAAAACUUUGGAACUUUUGUGCUCCGAAGAUAAUGCCAUCAUUUAUACACGGUGUGAUGUAAAGCGCUCAACUUUAAUAGAUACCCUUGUCAACAAGUACCGAGAAGCAAUGGAUGAUUGGAACUCACUCAUUGAAGGGGCUGAAACACCAGAUGAUGAUGAAAUCUAUGCUGUCAUCAACAGCUUGAAGAAAGUCUCCAUCUUUUAUUCAUGUCACAAUUUAGGUGGAUGGAACAUCUGGCCGAGCAUCUACAAAGAUUUGAACGAAGCUCAUCAUGGUCUCAAACAACUUCCAGAUGAGGCCAUUAAAUACUGCAUCUCUACCUGUUACUUUGGAAUCCUGUGGGAUCUACACCACCUGGAAGAACUUGUCGAGGGCGGUGGCGGCAGCGAUAUCGAAGAUAACGCAAUCCAAAUCAAAGCUCGUCUCAUCAAUGUUAUGGAUUUGUUCAAAGACAUGCUCCUCACACAAAAAAUGCAAGACCUUAAAGAAGAAUCUUAUCUAUCAAUCUGCGACCUGCUCAUCAUUUUCUGCAACCAGCUGGUUUCAAACUCGACACCUCUCCUAGCUCACUUAGUCUAUGAACCCAAUCAGUCACUCCAGAUUCUCUUAAAUGAUUUUAUUCAAACAAACGUUUUCAUCUAUGAAGAAGAGGGAGAAAUGGAUGAGCACUCCAAGAUUGAAGAGUUGCACAAAAGGAGAAACUUCCUAGCUUCAUAUUGCAAGCUGAUCGUCUACAGUGUACUCCCAACAUCAGCAGCGGCUGAUGUUUUCAAGCACUACGUCAAGUCAUACAAUGAAUAUGGAGACAUCAUCAAAACAACACUAAGCAAAGCCCGUGAAAUUAACAAGGUCAACUGUGCUCGAACGAUGGUUGUCAGUAUGAUUGCUCUCUUCAAAGAGCUUCAACAAAAUGCUCGAGGUUAUCGCAUCAACAGGCAAAAUGAGGAAUUCGCCAGUCUAAAGGAGUUAGCCAAAAGAUUUGCCCUAUCAUUUGGACUGGAUGCUGUAAAGAAUCGCGAGGCUAUCACUGUUCUGCAUAGAGAAGGGAUUUUGUUUGCUGUCAGCACCCUAGAACAGGAAAAUGAUCCAACUGGGCCACCCCUAAACUUACCUUUCUUAGAAAUCCUCACAGAAUUCACCAACAAGCUUCUGAAGCAGGACAAACGCAUUGUAUUGCAGUAUUUAGAUCGGCGCAUUUCAGCUGGCAUGCCCUCUAGCAGAGGAGAAGAUUGGCAACCAUUGGUAAUGUACAGAAAUAGUUUAGUGCACGGAGAAAGUGACCAAAUGCCUCAAACUUCUAAACGAGCUUACGGAAGGAAAAAGAAAGAAAACUAUGAUGAAGAGGGUGGUGAAGAUAUGGAAGGUGGCGGCUCUGAUGAUGAAUACGGAGGAAUGGCUCAACACAUGGAAGACAUCGGUAAUCAAAAAAAGAAGAGGCGUGUCGCAAGGACCGCCAGGUUUUCUCCACCAAAUCAAAUUGAUGAAAACUCAUCAGAAAUGCAAAUUGACCUAUCGACCUCAAGUUUCUCACACCGCCCGCAGCGCCAAUGCACAACCCGAUCUCUUGCUUACCGCUAUGUCGAUCGUUACUCUGACGAUGAUGAAAUCUAAACUUUUGUAAAUAUAACUUCUGUCCACUCACACUUAGUUUAAUAGAUCAAUCAAAUCAAAGAAAAACGAAUGUGUACCUAUUUGUGUAUCUUUUCCCUUUGUAAAUUUUCCUGUGAAAUUUAAUUAUUUUUCUUUGAACAAGAAAAAGAAAAAUUAAAUAAAUUAGCUCGUGUAAAAAUUUCCCAACCCCUCAAAGUAGAAGCAGUUGGCACUCUUUUCUUGUGUAAAUCAACUUUAUAAUUUCAAUUUUAAUAGUUUUUAUCCACUUCGCACUGAGUCAUCUGAUCUCUUGCAUUAUGUCAUUUUGAUUGUCAAGUACUGGGAUGAUGACAACACUGAAACUAUUUGAAUUGUUGUACAUAUGUGUUUUAUUUAUUUAGACUUAAUUUAUUAGUUUUACUUGUAUUCAGGAAAAUGGCUAUUGUCAAGGUACUUUUUUUGGUAAAAUGAAUUUGUUUUGUAAAGAAAAUGAGUUUUUGAAAAAUAAAUUCUCUUUGCACUUUUAAAAA